UUUUACUCAGUCUUUCAGUAACUGCCGAAGUGUUAACGUGUGUCGAUCAAUAGAGCUCAUUGAUUAUCUCGGAAUUCCCCCAAAAAGAGUACUAUGUCAUUGUGAGUUCUAUGAAGCAAUAAAUACAUACCGAGAUUUUUUUGAGAUUAUGUGAUGAAUUAAGUAAGAAAUUUGCUUAAAAAAUAAUUUAAAUUUCUUAGCUCAUCGGAAGCAAACAAAACAGGUUAUUAAGUAAAACGAUCAAGCACUCUUCUGUCAUUGCCGUGUGAUUUUUUUUUCUUUGCCUUUUGGACAUAAAAAAAUAAAGUUGAAAAACAGGAGACAUAGACAAGUGUUCUUGCAAUUAUUAAAGAGAAGUCAUCAAAAUGCUUAGGACAUCAAUAUGCGUGUUUGUGUUGUUGGGUGUCUUUACUCUCAAUGUAAAUGGGCAGCAUCCAAAAGGUGAAACCUAUCGAGGACAGCAAUAUUAUAGUGGAACUCAACAACAAACUUACUAUCCGAAUGAUCCUUCAAGGCAAACCAUUAGUCAAUAUCCUCAAACAGCAUAUCAAAAUCAGCAACAAACUUAUCAAAAACCACAACAACAAUAUUAUCAAAAUCCACAGCCAAAUUAUCAGCAGCAACCACAACCAAGCUAUCAGCAACAGCAAACAACUCAACAGAAUUAUCAAAAACCUUAUAGCAAUAAUCAGCAGCAAUCUGUAAGACCUUUGCAGUCAAAUGUCAACAAUCAAGCUGUUAAACCAAUUUACAGUCUUCAAAAUCCAAGACCGUCAGGUUCUAAUCCUAGUCUUAACACAAGAUUCGGUCCAGGAGAUGAUCCUAAUGCAUAUAAUAAUAAUCAAGAAAUUACUUCAAGAAAACCACCAAAUAAAGUUGCCUCUAGACCUCCAAAACCAGCUGCUGUUCCUCCACGAUUUGACGAUAUUAAUAAUCGAAAAUUGACUUGGGAUGAACAGCUUACAAAUAAUGCUGAAAAGUUUGCAUUGCUUUUGUUUGCAUAUUUGGCUGAAAGCGAGACUGGAAACUUUAUGAUUUCACCACAGUCUAUCCAUAACUUAUUAGACCUAAUUGCUGAAGGAGCCUCUGGCAAAACUUAUGAUGAACUUAACACUGUUUUGGGUCUUAUCAAUAGACAACGUACACGUGAUUUCCAUCAAUACUCUAACUUAGCAUUAAAUCGUAGUGCAGCUGACGUCUCAGUGCGUCAAUUUUCUGCAUUGAUUGGAGAUGUCAACAGACCAAUUGGAAGAGAAUAUGAGGAUGUUGUGGAACAAAUUUAUAAUGCUGAUUAUAUUCCUGUUAAUUUUAAAAAUAUCGAAGGAACAUUACGCGAAGUUAAUGAUGUAGUCUCAAAAAAUACCAAUGGACAAAUUAGAGAAGCUGUGACUCGAGAAGACUUGUUAAAGGCACAAUUAAUAUUAUUGUCUGGAAUCAAUUUCCAAGGCAAAUGGAAAAGUGUAUUUAAUACAUCAUUCACGAAACAAGAAGCAUUUAAAGAUUUUGAAGAUAAGAAUGUUCUUGGGAAUGUCAACAUGAUGUUCCAACGCGGUCCUUUCCCAUUUGCAGCUAUUAGAGAUUUAGGAUCUUAUUUCAUUGAAUUGCCUUAUGGAACUGACGGAAAUCUUGUAACCAGUCCAGAUCAAGUGAAUGACGAUCGUAUUUCCAUGAUUCUUGCUUUACCAAGAAAAGGACUGCCUUUAUUUGAAGCUAUUGAGAACAUCUACAAAUUUGGAUUCAAUAAAGUAUUGCUUGAAUUAAAGAGAGCUAAAGAGGAAUAUGAAGACGAUGAAGUCGAAGUACACAUUCCACGUUUUGAAGUUGAGACAUCAAUUAAUUUAGUACCAAAUUUGCAAGAAAUGGGAAUUAAUGAUCUCUUUGAUCAGUCGAACGCCAACCUUGAAAGAAUCAACAGCAAUUACUUUGUCUCAUCAGUUCUUCACAAGACUAAAAUUCGUGUUGAUGAGAAAGGAACCGAAGCAUCUGGCGUAACAACCUCAAUAUUUGCAAAUAAGGCAACACCUCCAAAGUUCCAUGCCAACAGACCAUUUCUUUACUUCAUUGUUGAUAAAUCUACCAGACUUAUUCUAUUUUCUGGAGUUUAUCAGAAGCCAGCAUUGUUUUAAACUUUUUCUUUCUACCUUAUCGAAUUUAAUGCUCUUGCUUUGAUCUGUAUGCCUUAAGCCAUCGUUUUUAAAUAACCUUUACUUUGAUUAUUUUUUGUGAAUCAAUUUUUAAAAUAAAUCUAAAUUCUUAAACAUUAA